AUGGCUAAUAUAAUCAACAAAGCUCGGAUAAAACAACGUUCACUUGUCAUAACAUUACUUGACCUCAAAAACGCCUUUGGAGAAGCUCAUCAUAACUUAAUCCAAUCUGUCCUUGGCUAUCAUCACAUCCCUAAUCACAUGAAUAAUUUAAUAAAAAGCUUAUACAUUGAUUUUAAAACUUCCGUAAUUACUUCUGAGUUCCGUACCCAUUUUAUACCUGUUGGCCGUGGUGUUUUGCAAGGUGACUGUCUUAGUCCUCUACUAUUUAAUAUGUGUUUCAACACAUAUAUUCAACAUAUCAAAGCUGAAAAGUACCGCCAGUUCGGUUUCUCCCUCCAACUCCUUAAUCCAAUCCACUGGUUUCAAUUUGCUGAUGAUGCUGCGGUUAUUACUGGUCAGGAGUCGGAAAAUCAGCAUCUCCUUAAUCGAUUCUCUAUCUGGUGCCAAUGGUCCAACAUGGUUGUUAGAGUUGAUAAAUGUAGCACAUUUGGCAUCAAAAAAGUUUUAUCAAAAUCUGCCCAGUACUUGCCGAAGCUUUUGAUCAAUAAGGAUCUCAUACCAACGAUUAAGACUGGAGAAUCAUUUGAGUAUUUGGGACGACACUUCGACUUUAGCAUGACUAAUGAAAAACAUAAAUCUAAACUGAUCUCCCUCAUUGAUGAACUAAUGUCCGAAAUAGAUCUUAAACCUCUUCACCAAAAAACAAAAUUUUACUUUACAGUCGUUAUGUUUUGUCGAAACUAUCCUGGCAUUUUACUGUUGCUACGAUAUCUAAAACUUGGGUAGUCGAAAAUAUCGAUUCUCCGGUGAACAAGUACGUCCGAAAAUGGCUGGAAGUACCUAUAUCUGGAACAUUAAGUAACAUCUUUCUAACCCGUAAUAAGUUUGGUCUAAAUAUCAUCCCUGCAUCCGUCAAGUUCAUUCAGUGUCAAACAGUUCUACGCAAUGCCCUAAAAACAUCUCCAAACGAUUCAAUUAACGAACUGUGGAAGUCAACUAAUAAUCAUAUUAACAUUCAAUACGAUAGCUACAAUUCAACUAAAGAAGUUUUAAAAACUUUCCAUUCUCAACAAGAAAAUAAACUUAGGGACCGUUUGAAAUGUCAAGGUUCCUUUUUCGAAAAUGUUUCUAAAUUCUCCCUAUCACAACUUAACGCAAUCUGGUCGGUAUCGCAAUCAAAGCUACCAAAGAACAUUUUCAACUUUACAAUUCGCUAUAUGAAUAAUACCCUUCCUACCCGAAAGAACCUCAGUAGAUGGGGAAUUUCAUCAAGUUCUGACUGCUCGUUCUGCUUACACCCUGAAUCACUUCUGCACGUUGUUGCCGGUUGUCAACAUUACUUGGAACGAUUUACUUGGAGACACGAUUGCAUACUAAAGUUUCUUGCAAAAACCUUUCAAAGUUUAAACGAAUGCAAAUUACUUGUUGAUCUUCCUGGAUUUGAAAGCCCCUCGAUUAUUACGGGCGAUGAAUAUCGUCCUGAUUUAUUUGUCUCCACUUCAGACAAACACCUCUACGUUGUUGAACUUACCGUAGGCUUUGAAUCAAACCUCACAAACAAUGUUAACCGCAAGAAAGCUAAAUAUAAGAACCUAAUUAGAGAACUAGAUCAAAACUUUACAUCUGUUAAAUUUAUAAAUCUUUCAGUCAGUUCGCUAGGGGUGUUUGACAAAGAAUGCCAUACAUUUGUAAAAAUGCUAAAUGAGUUAGGACUGGAUAAUCAACACCAACAAUAUUGUAUCAGAAAAAUGAUAUCUAUUGCCAUCCGAUCAACGUACUACAUAUUUUGCUGUAGAAAUAAAGAAUGGGCAAAUCCCGAACUUAUGAACAUUUAA